AUGAAAAUAGACAUAUCAAAUCCAAACACUGGCCAAGUUGUAACGGAUGAUAUAAUAGAAGAAGAGAUUCUAGAGCUUUUUCCGGUGAAAUCCCUCGUUAGAUUCAAAUCCGUGUCGAAACAAUGGAAAUCGAUGAUCGAAUCCAGCUAUUUCGCCAAGAAACGUCUUGCUCGAUUUCCAAAUCCGAAACUCGUUGUUCUUCGGUCGGAGAUAUCUACUGAUCGUUGUUGGUCGUCUAGUGACUUGCCAGUUAGUGUGGGAUUUGGAAGAGACAUUGUUACAGGAAAAUACAAAGUAAUCUUGAUGUAUUUGUUCGACUCUAGGACUCUUAUCAAGGCCGAAGUCUUUAACCUCGACAAUGGAGAACGCAGAUACAUAUAUUUCCCCAUUUUUCACAAUGAACUUUGCAAUGAUAAAACAUCAAUAUUUGCAAAUGGAUCGCUUUACUGGUUGACAAAGCCAGUUUCUGUUUUCACGAGUAAACUCACAAAUCUUGGAGCCAUAGAUCUUCACACAGAAAAAUUCCGCUAUGUCUUGUUACCGACUUGGUACACCAUAUACUCGGAAAGUGCAUACUUAUGGAGUCUAAGAGAUCGUUUAUGUCUAUCUGAUGUGCCGCAAUAUUCGAAUUAUGUGGGCGUAUGGAGUUUGCAGCAAGAAAAACCGAGCGUGAAGUGGGAAAAGCUUCUUUCAAUUAAUAUUUCAAAUAUUAAUUGUUUAGACGUAAACUACUGGAAGCUUGGUCUAGCGGCUGGUUUUCUUAGGCAUGGAAAAAAUAAGGCGUCUAAAGAGGAAGUAAUGAAUGAACACAACAGAACCGUGUUGUAUACGGAGAAUUUGGGUUCUUCUGUCUAG